UUUUUGGUAUUUAUUGUGACAUUUUUUUAUUAUAACAUACAAAUAUACCAAAAAUACGAAGUGUGGAAAUCAAUAAUUUUAGAUUCCUAACAGUUAUACCCAGUUUUUAUGUUGUUAUAUGUACGACUUAAAAAUUUUAAGCUAAAAUGGAUAAAACCGAAAACGAACCUGAAGCAACAAAAGCAGAAGCCAAACUAAUACAACCAAUAAAUCGUGAAAGCGUUCAUAAAAUAUGCUCGGGACAAGUUGUUUUAAGUUUAGCAAUAGCAAUGAAGGAACUUGUAGAAAACGCAAUAGACGCAACAGCAACAAGAAUUGAAGUCAAAUUAAAAAAUUAUGGAGCUGAUUUAAUUGAAGUGGCAGAUAAUGGUACCGGAAUUGAGAAGGAAAACUUUCAAACUUUAACUAUGAAGCAUUACACGUCGAAAAUUCGUCAAUUUAGCGAUUUAGAAAGUUUGUCAACCUUAGGAUUCAGAGGUGAAGCCCUGAGUUCUUUGUGUGCUCUUUCAAAUUUAACCAUAAUAACAAAACAUUCUGGCGCUAGUUUGGCGACCAAAAUUGAUUAUGACAGAAAUGGGAAAAUUGUGAAUGAAUCUCCAAUAGCAAGAGGUCAAGGCACAACUGUAAUUCUAGAAAAUCUGUUUGCAACUCUUCCAGUCAGAAGAAAAGAGUUUCUUAAGAACUUGAAAAAGGAGUUCAAUAAAAUGUGUAAUUUGCUUUACUCCUACUGUUUGGUUUCUAAGGGAAUAAGAUUUUCUUGUGUGAAUAUAACAGAUGUUGGCUCAAAAGUUCAGGUCGUUGAAACGGAAGGACAUAAAACCGUAAAGGAAAACAUAAUUAGCGUUUUCGGCACCAAACAAAUUUCAUCAAUAAUCGAAAUACCUUUAAAAUUUCCAGACGACGAAAUAAUACAGGAAUACGGCUUGAAAUUAACUGUGGGCGAUGAAUUACCAUUUGAUUUUGAAUGUCUGGUUUCCAGUGUAAUACAUUCAAGCGGGAGAAGUACAACCGAUCGACAGUAUUAUUAUAUAAAUUCAAGACCAUGUGAGCCAACAAAACUCAUUAAAUUAAUAAAUCAAACUUAUAGACAGUUUAAUGGCAGUCAAUAUCCCUUUGUUUAUUUAAAUGUUACUACAAAAGGCACACUUGUUGAUGUGAAUGUUACACCAGACAAAAGACAAGUAUUUUUGGAACAAGAAAAAUUAUUACUUGCGAUCGUUAAAUCGUCACUGUUGGAUGCAUUUAAGCUGUUUCCUUCCAGCUAUAAAGUACAAAAUUUGGAUGUUUCAAAGAAAAUUUUUGUUAUUGACAAGAAGAAGGAUAAAGGCUUGAAAAGACGUUUAACAGAUUCGAUUUUAAAACAAGGAAGUAUACUGGAAACAUUUAAAAAACGUUCCAGAACUGAUCCUGGUCCCAGCCAAUCAUUCGAAAACGAAUCUUUACAACUAAGCGAAGAAAGCGAUGAAGAAUUAGAACGGACAAGAGAUUUGGAUCAUUUUCUUGAACUGGCUAGAGAAUAUGAAACAAAACCAAAUAUAGAAAAUUGUGAUAUAAAAUCUGAAAAAGAAAGAAGUAUGUCUGAUGAUGAACCAGACAUUUUUGAGGUAAGCCUAGAUGUCCCUGUUAAGACGACUAGGAAGAUUGUAAAUGUUGACUUUUCUCUGGAUGAUAUUAAAAAAAGGAUACGAGAAAUAGAGUCUAAACAAUCAUAUGAAGAAGACAUAAAAAUUAAAUUUAGAAGUGAGGUAAAGCCGGAAGAAAACCAUAAAGCGGAAGAAGAAUUAACAAAACAUAUAAAUAAAACGGAUUUUAAAAGAAUGGAUAUUAUAGGACAGUUCAAUAAAGGAUUUAUAAUAACAAAGUUAGAAAACGAUUUAUUUAUUGUUGAUCAACAUGCCACAGAUGAAAAGUACAAUUUUGAACAACUUCAAUUGACUACCAUAUUGGAUCAUCAAAAAUUGGUCAAUCCAAAACCUUUAGGAUUAACUGCUGGGAACGAGGCGAUUUUAAUUGAAAACGAGGGGAUAUUCAAGAAAAAUGGUUUUAAAUUUAUUAUUAAUCAUGACGCACCAACAGGAAAAAAAGUAUCUUUAUCAGCAAUUCCAAUUAGUAAAUCAUAUCUAUUCGGAAGAGACGAUAUAGAUGAAAUGUUAUUUAUGCUACAAGAUUCAAAUGAUACGUUAAUAAGGCCUUCAAGAGUUCGACAAAUGUUCGCUUCGAGAGCUUGUCGAAAGUCAGUAAUGAUCGGAAAAUCUUUAACAACAUCCGAUAUGCGAAAACUUAUUGAUCACAUGGGAGAAAUUGAUCAACCCUGGGUAAAAAAUUGUUUAUUUUUUGAUAUAAUAAUUUCAUUAUAUAAUGUUUUAGAAUUGCCCUCAUGGAAGACCAACAAUGAGACACCUGAUCAAUUUAAAUCUUAUACAAAUUUAAUAACAAAAUGUGGUUUUAAUUUUAUAAUAAACAAUUAAACGCU